AUGAUAUUAAGAAGAAGUUCUAUGCGUCUCUUUUCUAGUGAAUUUAAAUCUCUGCCUAAACCGCCUGCAGGAACAGGUGUAGUAUUUCAUGGGAAUAUUCAACAGGUUAAAUAUGCAAUUGAUUUUUCAAGUUAUAUAUUUAUAAUUUUUUCUGGAUUUAUGGGAGCAAUUUCAGGAAACUUUUUUUAUAAGAAAUUUAUUUUAAGAAAAAAUCCUCCAAAUCCUUUGAGAGAUCCCUUAGAUUUACCACCAGAAAAACAUCCGCAUACACCAGAUGAUGAUUAG